AUGUUUCUUCAAGCACGUACAAUUUUCCGAUUAUGGCGGGUUUCGACGAAUCAAACCUUUAUGUUCCGCAGACUCAACUCGACAAACAGAAUUACUGUGGAUCUGCUAUGUGAGCCUUUACAUCCGCUUCUUCAGACCCGAGUGGAAACGAUGACUAAAGAGUUUCUGGUCUUGGAAAAGCAAAUGAGUCUGAACGAAUUUGACCAAGAUACCGUGGUUAAGUUUUCCAGCAUUUCUUCUGUUUUGGAUAAGUACCAUACCUACCAACAGGACAUGGAAAACUUGAGUUCGUUACUUGAAAUUAUCAAUGAGGACUUGGAUGCAGAGCUUGUGGAAGAAGCAAAUGAAGAACUCAAGGAAGUAGUUCCAAGAGUUGUGAAAGCAAGUCUGUCCCUUAAAAAGCGGCUAUUGCCACCAAUAGUCCACAGUAACAAGCCGGCUAUUUUGGAACUUCGACCUGGUGUCGGAGGUUCCGAAGCUGCCUUGUUUACCCAGGACUUACUUAACAUGUACAUUAACUUUGCAAAUUACAUGAGUUGGCCUUACAAGAUUCUCAGUGAGAGCCAUAGCAGCAACGGUUUUCUCAAUGAAGCCAUCAUCAGCAUUGACGCACCGGGUGCUUAUAACGUAUUACGCCAUGAAAGUGGUGUUCAUCGUGUUCAAAGAAUUCCAGCGACGGAAAGCAAAGGUAGAAUUCAUACUUCUACCGCUGCGGUUGUUGUAUUGCCAAAGAUGUCUGAUGGUACUGAGCAAUCUUUGAAAGAAGAUGAAAGACUGUUUGCUCCAGGAGAAAUUAGAAUCGAUACCAUGCGGUCAGGUGGUAAGGGUGGACAACAUGUGAAUACAACAGAUUCAGCUGUUCGAAUUGUUCAUAUCCCUACUGGAAUCAUGGUGGUACAACAAGAUGAGCGCUCUCAGCCAAAAAAUAAAGCAAAGGCAUUUUCCAUCUUACGUUCCCGCUUGGCGCAAAUGGAACGUGAAAAGGAGAUAGCAGAGCAAAAAAAGCUUCGUUCAGAUCAAGUCACCACUACGGACCGUUCCGAUAAGAUUCGCACAUACAAUUACCCCCAGAAUCGAGUCACAGAUCACAGAUGUAACUAUUCGGUGCAUGACUUACCUGGAUUCAUGGCAGGACCUAAACUAGAAGAAAUGAUUGAAAAGAUGGACGAACAUGAAUUUGAGGAACGUUUGCAAAUGCUCAUUGCUGAGUCCAAAGUUUAA